AUGACUGUUGCGCAGGAAUUUGAAUCCGCUAACGAGACCUACGCGGCAUCCUUUGCCAAAGGAAACCUCCAGCUUCCUCCUAAGCACAAGGUCGCCAUUGUGGCCUGCAUGGAUGCUCGUCUAGGCGAUGCCCACGUCAUUCGAAAUGCCGGCGGGAGGGUCAUAGAUGCGCUCAGAAGCAUCAUCAUUUCUCAGCAACUGCUGGGAACCAGAGAGAUUGUCAUUCUACAUUAUACGGACUGUGGAAUGCUUACAUUCACGGAUGAAGUGAUUCGGGGAAAGAUUCGGUCGGAUCUACAUCAGAAUGCGGAUCACAUUGCGUUCCUGCCCUUUGAUGAUCUCAAGGAGAGUGUCCGUGAUGAUAUCAGGUUGUUGCAGGAGAGUCCGUUGGUGCUGGAUGUUCCUAUCACCGGCUACAUAUACCAAGUGGAAACUGUGGCUGACGUUGAGAUUGACCUCUAUGAGAUCCUAGAGGUCCAUAGAGGCGCAAGCAAGGAUGAAAUCCGAAAGGCGUAUCGGAAGGCCGCCCUCUCCAGUCAUCCCGAUAAGGUCCCAGAAGGCGAACGAGAGGAAGCAGAGAUCAGAUUCAAAUCUGUCCAACAGGCCUACGAUAUUCUCUACGAUGAUGAGAAGCGACAUCUCUACGAUACCCAUGGCAUGGGCGCGUUCAACGGUUCAGGCGAGCCCGGCAUGUCUGGCGGCCCGGACUUGGAUGAUAUCUUAGAACAGAUGUUCGGAAUGGGCGGUAUGGGUGGUAUGGGCGGAAUGCCUGGUAUGGGUGGUAUGCCUGGUGGAGGACCACGCGGACAACGACCCCGAAAGAGCCCGAAUGAGGAGCAGAAAUAUGAGGUUAGCUUGGAGGAUCUCUACAAGGGCAAGACGGUGAAGUUUGCCAGCACGAAGAAUGUCAUCUGCAGUCUGUGCAAGGGGAAAGGUGGAAAAGAAAAGGCAACUGCGAAGACAUGCUCGACUUGCCACGGACAAGGUUAUAGGGAAGUUUUGACUCGAAUGGGCCAGUUCCUUAGCCAGUCAAGUGUUCCCUGUACAACUUGCAACGGCCAAGGUAGCUUCUUCAGCCCCAAGGACAAGUGUAAGAAAUGCAAGGGAAAGAAGGUGACAGAGGAGAAAAAAAUGCUGGAAAUAUACGUGCCUCGAGGCACAAGGGCGGGGGAUAAGAUCGUUCUAGAAGGCGAGGCGGAUCAGGUGCCGGGCCAGGAGCCUGGAGACAUUGUUUUUCACAUUGUCGAAGCGGAUCACCCAACAUUCAGCCGGGCUGGUUCGGAUCUCACGGCCACCAUCGACGUGACGCUGGCGGAGGCACUAACAGGCUUCUCUCGAGUUGUGGUUAAACACCUGGACGGCCGAGGCAUUGAGCUCACGCACCCUAAGGUCAAGGGUGAAGUUCUGUCUCCUGGACAAGUUCUCAAAGUCCCGGGAGAAGGCAUGACGAUGAAGCGUAGCGACGCUCGGGGAGACUUGUAUCUCGUCGUCAACGUCAAGUUCCCCGACGAGAAGUGGAAGCCGUCGGCUGCGGUACUGGAAAAACUAAAGGAGAUGCUUCCCAAACCCGACCCACCGAUCCAAGCGGACACCGUGGACGAAGUGGAUUACGACCCGAAGGCCAGCCUAGACGAAUUCGGUGCUGGUGAUCCCCUCGGUGGAUCCGGAUGGGAGGAUGAGGACGAGGAAGAUGGUCCGCAGGCACAAUGUACGACUCAGUAG